AUUUCAAAUACCCGAAACGAUAUUUCCCUCCGCUGCCGUCGCCAUCAUCACCACUCGCUAUUAUAGUGGCACAGUGCCAGCGCGUUCCCACUUCGCAGUUCGCAUUACACUUCGAUCCCUUUAACGUGCAUGUCGCAAUCGGUAUCGUCCUUUUUUUCAAAGAUUUGCGUCAAGUAUUAUAAAAUAUUUACUUAAUAAUAUAAUAUUAUAGUAUUCGUGCAACAUGAGAGCUGUACCGACGAAGAUGUCUCUGUGCGCACUGGUCUGCCUGGUUACAACCCUAGCCGUUGGCGCGGAAAUAUAUUUUGAAGAGAACUUCCCCGAUGAAUCGUUUGAGAACACAUGGACGUACUCAGAAUAUCCUGGCAAAGAGUUCGGCAAGUUUGUAUACAGCUCGGGCGCUUUCUACAACGAUGUCGAGGCCGACAAGGGUAUACAGACGUCGCAGGAUGCUCGAUUCUAUGCAUUAUCCAAGAAAUUCUUGCCAUUCAGUAACAAAGACAGAAACCUCGUUGUACAAUAUACGGUCAAACACGAGCAGGCUAUUGAUUGCGGCGGUGGAUACGUUAAGCUGUUCAACUGUGAUUUGGAUCCAAAGCAGAUGCACGGUGAAACGCCAUACGAAAUCAUGUUUGGACCUGACAUUUGUGGACCUGCUGUAAAGAAGGUGCAUGUUAUCUUCAGCUACAACGGCAAAAACGUAUUGAUCAAUAAAGAUAUCCGUUGUCUUGAUGAUGUCUACACUCAUGUUUACACACUUAUUGUAAAGCCUGAUAAUACUUAUGAGGUAUUAAUUGACAAUGAAAAUGUAGAAUCUGGUGAAUUAGAAGCCGAUUUUGACUUCUUGCCACCCAAGAAAAUCAAGGAUCCUGAAGUUAAGAAACCUGAAGAUUGGGUUGAAAAUGCUACUAUUGAUGACCCCAAUGAUAAGAAACCAGAAGAUUGGGAUAAGCCAAAACUCAUUACUGACCCAACUGCCACUAAACCAGAAGAUUGGGACGAUGAAAUUGAUGGCGAUUGGGAGCCAGCAAUGAUUGAUAAUCCAGAAUACAAGGGUGAAUGGAAACCAAAACAGAUUGAUAACCCAAAAUACAAGGGAGUAUGGGUACAUCCAGAAAUUGUAAAUCCAGAAUACAAACAAGAUGAUAAACUAUAUGCAAGAAAAGAAAUUUGUGCCAUUGGUUUUGACUUGUGGCAAGUAAAAUCUGGUACUAUUUUCAAGAAUAUUUUGAUUACAGACAACAUUGAAGUAGCUAAAGAUAAGGCAGACGACAUCAUCAAAUUAAGAUUUGUAAGUACAAUCUAUAUUUUAAAAAUAUUGAAUGUAAUCUUAAAUAAUUUUUAUUUUACUAGGAGGGUGAGAGAAAUAUGAAGAUGGCACUUGAAGAUGAAGAAAAGAUGAAAGCAAUGCAAGAAGGAAAGACAUCAAGUGACGCCCAACCUGAUAAUGAGAAUGGAGAGGAAGUUGAAGAAAUUGUAACCACCGACGACACCCACGAUGAGUUGUAAAAAAAAUAGGUGUAUAAUGUGGUCAUCGUUUAAGUUGAUAUAUAAUCAUAAUUGUAUGUAUUUUUUUUUUUUUUUAUAUGUAUGAUUAGUUUAGGACUGCCACUUAUUAAUAUGUUUUGAUGAACAACGGUACUAACAGUCACUAAAAUAAUUUAAUUGGUUCAUACCUCGAUAU